AUGAAUGAAAAUGGCAAAUCAUACAAAUUCAUUUCUGGGUCUAGUGAUUACGAUAGAUAUGAAGAAGUAGAGAAAAUGAGAGAAGACAUCUAUCGUAAAAUCAUCAAUGCAGGGUUUGAGCCAGACACAAGAUGGGUCACUAAUUCGAAACUAAUGACAGAAGAAGAAAAAAUAGCUUCUCUACACAAGCAUGCAGAAAAAACAGCCAUAGCUCAUGCCUUUGUUUUAAAUCCAAACAGAAAGAAAAUAUUACUAACCAUAAAUCUACGAGUUUGCAAUGAUUGUCAUAACGCUGCUACGUAUAUUUCCAAAGAGAUGAAUGUUGAAAUUAUUGUAAGAGAUGCAAAUAGAUACCAUCAUUUUGUUAAUGGUAAAUGUAGUUGUGGAAAUUAUUGGUAA